UCGAAUAAAGGCGCGUUCUAUUGGACGACUGCAUUGACAUGAUCACCGAUUGGAACGUAGCCAAGACGUCUUUUCUGAAGCAGAGGGAUAGAUUUAUCUAAAAUAAAGUUGUACAUACAUAAUAUAGAUAUAUAUACACAUAUUUAUUUAUUAUAUGGACAUAACUGCACGCACGCGUGUCUUUGGUAUAUUGGAUCAACGAGUGACAUCCGUUAUUGCUGCAGUUGUUUGUAGGUCAGUGAUAAGUGAAGAUAUCGCAAUUUAUUGCAUCUUUUGUCAAGAAAAACAAAUUCCCAUGGAAUGGAAAGGAUUGGAAGCUGAUAUGACUCAUGAGCAUAAACAGCAGAAUGGUUUUUUAAUCGUGUCACAAUCAGGCGAGAACACAUUGAGUUUAAUCAAUCUUCCCGAUGUUGUUUUAGAGGCGAUCCUGUCUAACCUCACUUAUGAUGAGAUUUCUAAAAAUAGAAUUGUUUGUAAACAAUUUGACCGUAUUUGCAAAAAGUUGUUGAAUCGAGGUUUUAAUCUUAUGGAAAAGUAUCAUGCGCAAUGCCUUCGUACUGUUAAAAGCAAAUUACCAAGAAGAGAAUCAGAGCGGAGGAGUCAUCCUCUUGCUCGCCACUGUGAUAUAUUGACAGCGAUAGAAACAAGAAUCUCUAUGUUAUCAAUGACUUUUAGCAAGUAUGUGGAAACUAAUGUGUGCUGCUUCAUUCCAGGGAAGGUAAUCGAUGAAAUUUUUCGUGUUCUUCGGCUAAUUCGUGACACAAAGACACCACCUCGAGCACAUGAGAUACUUCAAGAGCUGCGAGACAUUAGUAGCAUGGCUAUGGAGCAUUUUGACGAGAAGAUUCUGCCAGACCUGAAGCAUAACAUUUGUAUGGUUGGUACUGUGAAUUCGUACGAGUUGCCUGGUGGCGCUCUCAUGAUCUCCCACACGAGACAUCCGAACAACGCUACACUGCCGCACAAUUUUACCUCGGAGAAACUUAACCAGAGUUUUAAGAAAAUCUACGACCGUACGAAGCAAAACAAAAUAUCCUGUUUAACGAUGAAAAAUCUGAUGGACAGGAUGAAGCUCAGGGUGAGGAGGCAAAGCUUUCAGAUGCGACAGCAAAACGUAAAAUUGCAGAGGCACGCGAAGAAGUUACAUGAGCAGGACGGGCAAUUGGCCGAGAUGAAGAAACAUCUCGAAGAGUGGGAGCAGAAAAUGGUAGACUUGACUGCCGAAUUGAGCCGGGCGCGAGAAGGGACGCAAAAUUCCGACGCGGAAAGUCGCAAACACAUCACAAUCUCGAAACACAUUGACAUCAUUAACACCGAGGCUGACACGACGCUACAAAAUAACGAGUUGCAUUCGAAGAAACGUAAGCUAAUAGUGGAGAGGAAAUCGUCGAGCGACGCGCAGGACAUAAAGUUCAAGAAAUUCAUGUCAGAUCUUCUCGCGAACAACACGUUAGACAGUAGUUACCCGUCGACUUCGAGUAGUUCGACUUUCUUACACUAAGCAGUUUGUAUGAAGAUUUUUCCAAAAUAUUGUACUCUUUAUAUGGACUCAUUUUUCAAUCGUUAUAGUGUAAUAAGCGUAGUAACUGGUAACGUAUCGUCCAUCUUCAAGACGUUCAUAAUAAUUCAAAAUAAUCUGGCAAAGAAUAGCAUUCGUUCAAGUGCUUGUGUUACGCGAUGUCAGUACUAUACGUAUGAUAUCACCCGCGACGAGAUGAACCAAGAGCCUGGUUCCUCCCAUUGUCCGGUUUCAGUAGCGUCGAUUAAUAGCAAAUUCGGUAGCUUACACUAAUGCGCACUAAGGCUAGCUUACAGUACAUCUUAUAUUUAAGAUCGUGUCUUAAAUACAUUUUUAAAAACAUUUUAGCUAAUAAAAUGAUUCGUACGGAUAUUGUACAUAUAUUACUGGUUAAAGAUAUUUGAAAAUUUAUUUAAGACAAUUUUUAAAUAUAAUAACAUAUUGUGAACAAGCCUUAGUGCGCACUAAUGCAAGCAAUCGAAUUCGCUAUAAGUCUUGAGUUCAGAUUAUCUAUGUUCACAGACAAACUCAAGGUUUAGAAACUUUGGUGGAGCCGGAUCUUAAUAUUUUAUGCGAUUGAUGGAAGUAAUAUUUCUUAAGAACGAGAACUUCUGAAAACGAAAUCUCAAUAAACAAGAAAUAUUACGUUUAGUUGAUUUAACUGAGUUCUAUUACGUGAUAUUAAUACAAUCUGCGAUAGAGAGUCAGAAACCUUAAUCUUUUAGACGAUUAAUAGAAAUUUAAGUAUCUCUCGAUUAGGCAUCUCUCGAAUAACACGGCAUUUGAAUUAUAUGAAGUCUUGAAUAACGAUCACCUAAUGAAAGACAUACAAUUACUUAAAGAACUAAAAGAAUCGUAUGAAUUCUAAGUUUUGAAUUAAUCGUGUUAUUCGAGAGUCACCUUUAUUUUCAUUGAGAACAAUAAGAAAUCUUACGAAAAAUGUUUAAUUAAUUUAAUUACUUGCGCGUUCUCUGUUAUGCGAUAUUGACACAAUGUACAAACAAACGUUUUAUUGCAAACUUCUCUAGCGUUUUACUGUAAGAUUUAUAUUCGCGAUAUAAUACGAUAAUAUUAUCCAUACAAGACCCAUGUAAAAUAUAAAUGCUACAUAAAAUCAUUGAAAACGUUACUUUUGUGUGCAUUUAUUGAAAAUAUAAAAGGAGAGAGCAAAGACAAUAAACUACAUGUCGCAUUGAAA